CGCACGCGCGCGCGCGCACACACACGCGCGCACCGCUACAGGGAAGAUGGAGGACGGUGUGGCCGUAGCGCAGAGGACCUGCAUCCUUUAGCAACAUCACUCCUGUGAGCAGUCGUUUCCAGUAGCCUUUACUCUGUUGAUGAUGGAUUCCUAAGCCGUUCUCUGACACCACUUUACCAACCAGACAGCCAUGAACCCCCAAAAGACAGAGUUUGUUCAAGACGUUAUGGAGGCGAUGGAUGGUCCUUCUCGCCAUCAACACCACACCAGCCUGUCCCAUAACCACAGCAACCAGGACAAGCGCUACAGAUGCUGUGAGACUUCAGCUGGUGUCACAACAGAAAUGGCCAGUGGUGCAAAUGCUGAAAGCAGAGUUGGGAUGCUACAGCACCACAAGCCACAGGAGGAGCAAGACGUGGAGCUGCAACAUGGAGAUCAGUCUUCUAAGCCCCAAGAGAUCCAGCCCAUUCCCCGACCUGCUGUGACACGUUAUCGCAGACAGGGCGACAGUGAGGCCCGGCUCAGAACUCAACAACAGAGGAGCAGAAUGAAGCAGCAGAGGGAGGCAGAGAGAGCACAGCAGGAAAGGGAGCAGCACGCUAAGAUGACCAAGGAAGCUGAACGUGAGAGGGAGGAUUCUAUGCUGGCCCGCUCAGCAAGUACUGAGAGUGGCUUUCACACCCAUACUGACCGUGCAGAGGGAGACGAUAUCCCAGUGAUGAUGUCUCUGGAGCCUGAGGCCCAGCGAGAGUCCGAGGAUGAUGCAAACAGCUACAGCCUCCCGCUACGGCCUGAGGCAGAAGAGUACACUGAAAGUGCAGAGGCUGAACAGCAACAUCUCCAUUCACAUCCUAACUAUGCUCUUCAGUUCCUAAUGCUGCCGCGUGAAUCCUUACUUAACAUCCAAAAUUCCCAAAGAGAAGAUAAAGCAGAGGAGACACUAAAUGGUGGCUACUCUAACUGUGUCUACACCCAAUCCUACAGCCAAUCGGGGGCGAGAACGUGUGUCUCAUCCAGUCAGGACUUGGAAAGUUUAGAUGCUGGACUUGAAGCUUACUCUGAGCCAUAUGACACGUAUUCGCUCUCUGAGCAUGUGUAUGAGGAAAUAUGUGACGCUCCAACCUCAGUGUCAACUUCUGCAAAUGUGGCAAACGAUAGAGAGUCUCGACAGCAGACAGCGACCGGCUUGCAGCUGUUACAGAGCGGGGCAGGUAAAGGCGAUUACCAUCAGCAGGAGGCCGUGGGCUCCCGUCUGCGGCACUACGAUGAACGUUCAGAUGGUGAGUCAGACAGUCCAGAAAAGGAGGCAGAGUUUGCUCCAUAUCCUCGUGUUGACAGCUGCGACCAAGAAGACGAUACUGAUAACAGUGUUAAUGGGGCUAAAAAAGGCUCACAAAGUUUUGAUCCUGCUGCAAAAGAUUCCACAGACAAAGAAGAAAAACGCCAACCAGACAAAUUCUCUCACAAAAGCAACAAGACUGCCAGUCGAGGGAAGUCGGCCAAGCAGCAGGCUGAGACUUCUGUAAAGGAGCCAGUAGCAGUGAGGAACAGUGUGGAGAAGAGGGAUGCUAUAUCUUUAGCCAUCAAAGACAUUAAGGAGGCCAUAGAGGAGGUGAAGAAUAGAACAGUUAGAUCUCCUUACACACCUGAUGAGCCAAAGGAACCCAUUUGGGUAAUGAGGCAGGACUUAAGCCCCACUGCUGAAUGUGACCUACCGACAUCACUUGGGGCCGAUUCUCCUGGUUCAGCUUCACCUUCUCCACCAGGCGCAGAGUCCUCCAGUCAGCACCUGUUACAGCACGACAGCUUUGAAACCUCUCCCACCAGUAAAGAGUCCAGGAGAAGCCUUGCAUCCUUUCCCACAUAUGUAGAAGUUCCAGGUCCCUGUGACCCAGAUGACCUAAUUGAUGGAAUCAUCUUUGCAGCCAACUACCUUGGCUCCACUCAGCUGCUGUCAGAUAAGACACCAUCAAAGAACAUUCGAAUGAUGCAGGCACAGGAAGCUGUCAGUCGGAUUAAGAUGGCUCAGAAAUUGGCCCAGAACAAGAAGAAGGAACCUGAGGGUGAGCUUCAGCCUAUGACAGAGGUGGAUCUUUUUAUCUCUACCCAGAGAAUAAAAGUGCUCAACGCUGACUCUCAGGAAACUAUGAUGGACCACCCUUUGCGGACUAUCUCCUACAUUGCUGACAUUGGCAACAUAGUGGUUCUGAUGGCCCGGCGCAGGAUGCCUCGCACUGAUUCUGAGGAGAACGUGGAAACCUCAGAGCCAAGUCAAGACAGCAAGCGCCAGUAUAAGAUGAUCUGCCAUGUGUUUGAGUCUGAGGAUGCCCAGUUAAUUGCCCAGUCUAUUGGACAGGCCUUUAGUGUGGCCUAUCAAGAAUUCUUACGGGCCAAUGGCAUUAACCCUGAGGACCUUAGCCAAAAGGAAUACAGUGACCUGCUGAACACUCAGGACAUGUACAAUGAUGACCUCGUACACUUCUCCAAAUCUGAGAACUGCAAAAACGUGUUUGUAGAGAAAGCUAAGGGGGAGAUUCUGGGCGUGGUCAUUGUGGAGAGUGGAUGGGGCUCCAUCCUCCCUACAGUCAUUAUUGCCAACAUGAUGCAUGCUGGGCCAGCUGAGAGGUCUGGUAGACUGAACAUAGGAGACCAGAUCAUGUCAAUCAAUGGAACCAGUUUGGUGGGACUGCCACUGUCCACCUGCCAAAGCAUUAUAAAGGGUCUGAAGAACCAGUCUCAUAUCAAGCUGAAUAUUGUGAGAUGUCCCCCAGUGACUACUGUACUCAUCAGACGGCCAGACCUGCGCUACCAGCUGGGUUUCAGUGUCCAGAAUGGCAUUAUUUGCAGCCUAAUGCGUGGGGGCAUUGCCGAACGGGGCGGGGUCAGAGUUGGUCACCGCAUCAUCGAGAUCAACAGCCAGAGUGUGGUGGCCACACCCCAUGAAAAAAUAGUCCACAUCCUGUCCAGUGCUGUGGGAGAGAUUCAUAUGAAGACCAUGCCUGCUGCUAUGUAUCGCCUGCUGACCGCCCAGGAGCAGCCUGUUUACAUUUAACCUACAAACUGACCUCACAAAUCAACUCCCUCAACCCAGCCCAGACCUCAUCCUAUAUAGCUGAUGAAUUGUAGUGAGUUGUUAAGAUUGUUCUGUUGCUCAAACUCAUCUAGCAACACAAAAACCAAUAUUAUUCAUGUGUAUGUAGGCUUUUAUUAUUACAAUAAAAAGAUGUUCACACCUGAUACAUUUUCAGUACCUAGUGGUGCCCCAGAGUCUGCAGAGUAUCUUUAUGGUUUACUGUUGAUAUUUUGAAACACAAUAUAUAAUAACGUGUAUUGCCGUUUAGCUCAUGAAACUAAAACAGUUUCCUCAUUGUUAAAUUAGAGGAAUGAUGUUUGUUUUGCACAGUAAAAAUUUUAUUUCCAAUCUUACACAUGAAGCACAUCCAGCCACAGUUGUAGGCAAAAGUUUACAUACUUUCAUGACAUUGUGGGUCACUAGAUGCUUUUGGUAGCCAUCAACAAACCUCUGGAUGUGAUUCCAGCUGAGUAUUUGAUCACUCUUCUUGCCACAAUUAGUCGAGUUCAUUUAAAUUGGUUGAUUUCCUGGCAUGGACCCAUGCUAGGCCCAAACAUGCUGGGGAAAGCUAUUCCAGAAGUAGAUGAAACAUUACUUGAUGUUGUCUGUCUGAUGCAUGCUCAAUCAUCCAGGUAAAGAAAUCCCAAAAAGUCUGGACGUAGUGUUUUCUGUGGGAGAAACGUUUCAUCAUCAUCAGGUGGCUUCUUCAGUCUCAGCUGACUGCAGGUUUCCAACCUUAGAAACAGGACAUUUGCACAAUGACUGACACUAACAGCACUGAAUGAACAAUGGGCUGGGAGGUCAGUUUAUGAUCAUUAAUAUGCAAAUUGCCAUGACCGUUAAUCAACAACCAUUGAUCAGUGGCCAUGAGUACCAUUCACAGAGUUGGGGAAUGUCUACCAUCACAGCAUUGUAAGAUGGUGUGUAAAUCUACAGUCCUUUGCUGUAGAUUUGAUCAGUCAAUCUGAAUACUAUUAUUCUAAUCUAUAAUCUAUAAUAAAUAAUCAGCAUAAGUUAUAAAAAAUUAUAUAUGUAGAGUGAGAGAGCCUGCAUGUACGUAUACUUUUGACCCAGUAUGGAUGAGAGAAAAUCCAAAACAAAUUCAAACUUUUUCACCUCAUUCUUAUUUUUUUAAAGUUUAUUUUAAAGGCCCAAAAUAAAUAUAACGUUCAUGCACAUGAUGACUGUAUGUAAACUUCUGAACAUAACUGUAUAUGCUACUAGUACCCCAAUUUUCACCACAGGGCACUGCCGAUGUCUAGUUACAUUUUCUAUACCAAACACAUGUUUGAAAAAAAUCCUCUUUUAUGUAGAAUUAAAUUACGUAGUGACUAGGUUUCACCUUGUGGGCUCAGUCUUGUUUCUAUUCUCAGCUCAGUAUCACAGUAUUUUGAGCAGAUUAUUCUUGUUUAUUACCAAAAUUUAAUGGUAAAUUAACUCAUUCUUAUAUAGCACUUUCUACUUUAUCCCAGCACUCACAGCGCUUUAUACAACUUGCCUCAUUCAUCCAUUUUUACAAGCACUUCUUUCUGGGGGUUGUGCUUUCGAUCCAACAAUCGCACACAUUCAUACUCCGAUGGAUUCCCCGGAGAGCAGCUCGGGGCUAGUAUCUUGCCCAACGAUAUUCGGCAAACAGCCAGGGAUUGAACCAUGAACAUUCCAAUUAGUAGAUGACCUGCACCACCUCCUGAGCUACAGCAACCCGAAGUGAUCUGUCAUCACAUUUUAAAAUGAGGUAAAUAUAACCUCAGAGGAACAACAAACCAUGACAUGUUACAACAUCAUUAUUCACUUAAUAUAAAUUCAGCCCAAAUGCAGAAGCAUGUGUGAAAAAUUAACUACUGUUUCCUGUAGGAAUUAAGUGGGUAGAUACACCUAUUUACCCUGCAUGAGCAUAAUCAGUGAUUAAUUGAUUAUCUGAUCACCUCUAGAAAAGGAAAGGUUUGUGGAUCUGGAGCACUCAGUUAUCUAGUAUCUUCACUGCCAUGGAGAAAAGACAUCAGCAGUUACCUAAAAAGCAAUUAUUGCUACCCAUAAGGCUCAUAAGGGCAUUUCCAAACAGUUUCAAAUCCAUCAUUCUACAGUGACAAAGACUUUUCACAAGUGGAAAACAUUCAAGGCAGUUCCCUGUCUUCUCGUCUCAGUGGAUGUCUCAGCAAAUUCAUUCCAGCUCUUGCAAUACUCAGAGCUACACUCGGACUCCACAUGCCUCAGUUAGCCAUGUUAAAUGUUAAAGUUCCACAUAAUACAGUAAGAAAAACAUGGAACAAGUAUGGCAUCUUUGCAUUUGUUUCCAAGAAAAAGAGCCUAAAAAGAAUAUACCAGCAUGGCUUAGCACUGCAAAACUGCAUCUGAACUAACUUGUUGGCUUCUUGUGCAGCAACAAGACCUGGGCACCUUGCAAUCAUUGAGUAAACUCCUUGGUAUACCAAAGUAUUCUAGAGUAAAAUGUGAAAAAGCAAUGAAUCAAGGUGUUGCAAUGGCCCAGUCCCACCUCAAGCUGGCUGAAUAAAACAGAAAAACAUGAAGGAGAUUUUCCUGGCCCGGCUUUUUAUAGCAGAUAACCUUAAAAAUAUUCUGCAAUUUUGCAUAAUUUUAAAAAGUAUAAAUUUCUUCAGUAUUGAACAGCAGAAACGAGUCUUUCUUGUCCGAGGACAUUUAAUUAACAAAAAACAAACAAACAAAAAAAAAAACAGCGGCCGACAGCGCUGUAAACACUGUAGACUGGUGGGUAAUAAGCGAAUGGAUAAUGCAGAAAACAGAGAUUUGAGACGGGAAACUGUUCUUGAAGUACAGAGAGAGAGAGAGCUGUGUGAUUUUAUCGUGGUGGAAGCAAAACAGCAGAAGCAAGAGGGAAUUAAUGACGACAUUUAACAAAUGUGAAGCGUAGUUUGGAUCUUCUUUUGCGGCUGUUUCAAUGAAUUUUGGUUGGAGAGAGACAAAACCUGCAGCUCAGAAUCGAGCGCAAAAAAGACGUAAACACAAAGCGCGGACCCGCCGACGCAUCAGAGUCAGCGGGCUGUCGGCCUUCAGUCCCGACGGCGUGUCCGUGUUCGGGCCGUCGGGUAAGAAAGCCGAGAAAGAGAAAGCUGAUUCUGAUGCGUCGGGUCCGCUCUGUGUUUACGUCUUUGUGUGGAGUCCGUGUACCUGCUCUCAUUUGCUGUUUGGUGGUUGUUGAAAUAGUUUUGAGAGCUUUAACCUGAGAUUCUGGCGUUUUUGGCAAAAUACAUUUAUGUUUAAAAGUCAGUUCAGGAUUUAAUGAAUCGAUAUCGCUUUAUUCAAGCUACUCACCUCCCUCUUCCACCUGCACUUUCAAAUACACACAAAUGGACUACGGGACAACUACAGGACCACGGCCAAUCACAGAGGUCCUGCCCCUGACUAUCUGUGAUUGGGACACACGAUAGGGGCAUGAUGUGUGUCAGUUGUUGACCACACGGAGACUCAGAGUUGCGGAGACACUCUAGAGCUCUGCUUAGGUUCUACAAGCUGGAGUACACUUAACUUUUUACACAUUGCUUCUGCAUUUUGAUUUCGUUUUUGUUAAAUAAAUCAAUUUAAAUAAAUAUGAGGUUAUGUUUCUUUAUAGUGAAGAACACACACUUAAGUUAUCUUCAUUGCAAAUGAAAGUUUAAUUUUGGCAGUGCCACUACCUGUUUUAGCCAUGUCAAACCAGUGUGUCUAAAAGAUCUGAUGACAUGGGAAUCUGUUUGAUCAAAUCUAUGUCAAAUCAAUCUAUGUCAAACUUUUUCCAUAAGAUGCAUUUUAUGCAGAUACAUUGUAUAAAUAAAUAUGAGUUGCAUCUGUAUUAAUUAUCAUGAGAUAAUGAAUCCAGAUAAUAUCUGUGGGCAGAAGUCUUACCUUAUGUCUUACCCUGUUACCCUUGAAUACAGAAAGAAAAAUACAGUACCAGUUUCUGUUUCAUUUUGGCUUUUAUAUCAAACAGUCAGCAAUGUACAAAGAUGUCUGUAUAACGUAACCCACAAAUGUGAUGACUGUGGCUGUAUGUGAAUGUACAAAGCAGCAGCAGGAUGUACAACUGUCUGUGUUUGGUUUUGAGGGGACUCUGCAUUGCCUAAAGAAUGUACACUAUACCUUGCUUGUACAAAAACAAUAAAGCUCAAAUAUUCUACUAUUCAAAAUAUAAAUAUGAAUAAAGAAUUCUAGUCUCUGCCACUUUGUGAUAAGUGAAAUAAACAACACUUCUUGCAGCCUCUCUAUACACCUGAUUGAUCACCAUCCCAAUCACAAUGUUUCCAUUAGAUAUCUCAGCUAAGAUUGACCAGUCUCCUGUUCCCAACAAGCUCUACCACGCUUCGGCUAAAUCUGUCAUGUGCAGACCCUUCAGCUGCUCACUAGGUUUGUCUUUAAAAUGAACCAAAUAUAUUUAUUUAUUUGUCUUUUUGGAGUGCUGUCUUUUCCUACACUGCUCAGGGUCAUCAACACAGCACAUUGGCUGUGCUCUUCGCUCCUUAGAGGAGCUCUACAGUAAAGCUGCAGGGACACAUCACACCCAUAUAUCACCUGUUCCUGCUGUUAUCCUAAGGGAGGGGUUACAAGACAGUAAACAAACAAACAGACUGAAAGCCAGCACAU